CGAAUCAUUUCAAGUUCUUUUAAACGCAUACAACGUACAAGCGCAGCUAAAUAUAAACACCAAACCGAAGGUUAUCUCUCUGUUAUCGACUGAUUAACUGGAAGCGUCAGUACUGGGCCUGGGUAAUUUGGAAGAACCAGGAUGAUUCCACGUUUCCUCGUAAUUUUACUAAUAAUCGUCUGUACGUCCCAUUUCCUUCAUGGCACUUCGUUGUACAAAAAAGUCAGCAAGUGUGAGAAACUAUCUCGCCAGGUGACGAAUCGCCUUAAAACCGCAUUAAAAGACUACAAGUACUCGGUGAACUCGUUCGACUGUAAUUUACAGUACAUUUUUGAUGGUGUCUACAGCGAAUUCCAGUCGAAUUUGUUCGACUUGAACGAGAAAAUGGCAAAGACAAGAGCUGGCACCUGCAAGGAGGGCUACGAGAGCGAGUUGGAAAAGUUGGGCGAUAGUCCGUUCGAUUAUUGUUACAAUUCGACCCUAGUUUCGAAAGGGUAUGAGACGAUUGAUAAUUUUGAGAGAAGCGCACAAGACGCUUGUAAGGGUUGUAAUGUGGCCAAGGAAGAUGAAUGUCUUGCAACAUUAACACAACUGUCCGACGAGGUCGAAACGUUUUCUAGUUCUAGCCGAUCCAUUCUUAAAGCGUUGGAAAAGGGGGUUGAAGCGUGCGUCGCUAGAAGGGCGGAGGAUGUUUCUCAACGUUUGAAGAAUCUAAGCGAGUCUAUUGCUAAGUGUUUGUAAUGGUUGAUAGGAGAAAUUAAUAUUUAUUAUUACACAUACAAAUGAAUUUUAUGAAAAUAUAUAACAAACUUUA